AUGGAGGCGCGCGAGAUGUUCAUUUUAGUUUUCUUGCUGCAAACUGUCUGCGCUAAUGUCCAAGAGAAACAUUUCCAAGAGAACCGGCAUCUGGCCAAAGCUAUUGUAGAAGCGUUGCAGGACACCAGAUUCGACGAGGAAUUGCUAUUCGACCUGAAGAAGGAUAACCAGAUAUACCUCAAUCGCACCAUGUCGCUCGUCAUCAAAUACAUCGUUAAAAGGGAGGUGGACAACUAUAGGUCUAGACGCACAGAUGCCAUCAGCCGGCGUAUAUACUCCUCCCUCAUUAUGAAGUUGAUAGACAUUGCAAAGGACCUUCCUCGUAAUACAAGUGCAGCCAGUCGCAUCGACCUAGCUCAUCGGUAUUACAUGUCGGUCGAAAGUCGGGACAUGCACGACCAAAUGGCCGACGUGCAAGUAUUCCACGCAUGCGCCAGACUCUAUGAUAUCAUGUUCACUACACCAAGAAUUCUAGCUCAACUCGGUAAAUUUGAUGAUCUAACUCCACGACUGUUGGUUCGGAAACUAAAGGCUUUAAAGGUUAAACCAGUGCAUCUUGGCGUGGCUUUACUUGUACAGUACCACCUCAGAAACACUAUAAACUUCGCAAUAAGGUCCAGAACCAUCGAUGUACUCACUACCAAGCCUCAGAACGUGGGCCCACAAGUGGUAGAUAUGCUGAAAGACCUGGCCUCCCGCCUGCUGCCCAUAGCAGAGCUAUUGGACGUGCAUCUGGCCCACUCCAGCCCUGCCUUCAAGGACACGUGCCCCUCGACUUGGUUAGGUAUAGUUAACAAUAAGCAGCAGUGA